UGCUGCUAUGCUCAUUUUGAUGAGUAUCAAGUCAGAAUGAACUGACUAUGGUAACAGUUUGGUUCCCACCAAUCGUCGUUACAAGCGCUCAAGCAUCCUCAAGAACGUAAGUAAGUAACUAGAACUACUAAGCAAAUAUUAAAAGGAAGUUUCAUACUACCGGAUGCCUCAUGUCGACGGGUCGGCACCUGUCAGUUCUCUCUUUCUUAUUCUUCUACUCGUUCCAUUUUCAAGAACUGGAUCCUGGCUUUUUACUAAAUGGCCACUCGAAGACGAGAAGACCGUCUUCAUGACGAUCGUCACAAACUCUGGGCUACAGAGAAGCCUACUGACCGCGACUACGACCAACGCCGUCAUCGUGAAUCUACCAUCUAACACCAAGGGUUAUCCUCCAACAGCAUCUUCACGCCGCCCCCAACCAGAACCCAUUGACUCCAGAUCUCAUCGACGACAUGCUCCAACCCCAAAAUCAUCUUAUGAACAAGUAUCCGGCACUGAAGACGUCGCAAGAUCCUCCAGGCAAACUUAUUCUUCCCGUCCUGUCCAACCCCAGACUACCGCGAAUUCAACCACACCUUCCACUAAUUGGCUUUCAUCUGCUCAAGAUAUCUACUCUAAGCGAUCGAAAGAUCGUGACCAGGAACGUGAAAGACAUCGAGAAAUGGAGAAAGAACGUGACAGAGAAAGGGCUAGUGCUGAGCUCGAAAGGCAUCGUGAAAGACAUAGAUCUGAACAGCAUCGAGAGAAGGAAAAGGCCGACAGGAAGAGGGAACAAUCCAGGCACAGACGCGAAAAAAAGAUCGAGUCAGACUCUGAAGGCCUCGUGUAUUCAGACAAAGCUUCCAUCUCUGGCAGGGAAGCCUAUCAGCCCUCCAUUCGCGAGUCUAUCACCGGUCACAGGCGGCAUCGUACAGAAGACGGAGUUUCAUCGGCUCGCCGACCUCAUGCUGACUCUUCCCAUAACCAAACUUCUGCUGUGCAUACGCAGUCUACAGGUCCCCAGCAAGAGGUUGUAACUCAGAGUAAUACAACAGGCCUAGGGAGCAAUCCACCGCCCGCGCCUCGCGUAAUGCCUGUCUACCUUCCUCAUAAACCCUCCAAACCACAUCAUGAGCGACAUACGUCAUUGGCUAUGCAAGGAGCUCAAUCAGGCAGUGACACUGAACGAGCUUCUCUAAAACACCGCAUCGAGAGAAACCACUCGGGAGGUCCCGUGCAGAGAGGUGAUGGGUAUCAAACUAGUGCCGUAAGGGAGAGACAGGGCCAAGACGCCCCCCUGGGUCCGCGUGAGGACGCCAAGUCUAAAUCAGAGUAUACCUCGACCCAGGGUACAUAUUAUGACUCGCGGCAGCCCCUAAAGCCUACGUCAAUUCACACCGUGGAUAUACCCCUUAUUACGCCAGGCUUCAACUCGUCACCUUUACCACACGAAUCACGAGGACAUGUGGGUACCAUACCUGUUCUUGUUGCAGGAGAGGGCCCUGCCGACCGCCAGGCUCACGAUGUACUUUACAAGUCACAUUCGCCUUUACAUCAAGAUGAACUGCAUGGUGCAGGACAUCCUCAUGCAUCAUCCCUCGCUUCCGCGGUGAAGCCGUCUCAUGGCAGAUCACAAUCUUCUGAAGUCCCCCGUAGCCGGCCGGAACAGCCCCAACUGGAGCGAUCUCGCACAGAUCCCGUAGCAAUUGAUGUCUCGCAUGGCCGUCAUCAUCGGCCGGAAGACCUUACACCACUCCGACACCCUCAGAUCAGUACACCAGUGGAAAACCAGCCCUCUCAACCGCGUACACACAAGACAUCGCUCUCCAAUCCGCCUGCUGUAUCUGGCCCAAGACCUCAACGUUCCUCUUCGGUCGCAGACCAUCAGAAUGAGUCGACUAGACCGAUGCCUUCAUUGGGUCCGGUAGCUUCCAGCCAGUCACAUGUAACCUCAUCACCUGCUCACAAGACGAACUCGAGCCCACCUAAGAUUGGGUCUGGUUAUGGAUCCCUCCCUUCUGCAUGCCCAACCCCUAUGAGCUCACAGACUCCCCUUGCAUCUGGAACCCAGGGCAAUAACACGACAAUAAUUCAACGACCACCAUCCACACCUCCUGCCCAUUCAACAUCGAUGAACACCUCACAGACGAUGAUGAUGGCAUCACAACCUUCUCGUGCACCACGAACUUCACUUGAUCGUCCAGAACCCCACGUCGUCGCUCCUCGCAUGACGACCGCUCAGACUUCUAAUGGGAGUACGGUCAAAUCAUCAUGGGUCGUGCAGACUGCCCAACAGCUCAAGGAUGGUUACGCGGCUAGGGAGGAGAAGCAUUCAGGUCCUAACAGCUCACAUCAUCAAGUCGAUCCGCCCGCGGUAUCUCAUCCACAGCUGCGGGAAGUCCUUUCUCAAGACAGCCACUACACAACGCCCCGUUCAGCUCCAACUCCAAAUUCAUCGCUGAGGUCGUCGCCUUAUGGCACGCCAAAGGACGUGUAUGUUGCCGGGACACUUCGGCGCUCUCCAGAGAGUUCACCUAAGGUCAAAUUGCCACGCCGGAGAUUGCUGUAAUAGGAGCUACGCCAUUGUCUGAAAACCAGGAAUUACCUCAUAAGCCCCCGCACAACUCCGGUUUCCUUGCGCCGUCUUACUCAGCCCCUUCGCGAGUGUCGAGGACUACGUCUGGGAGUCGCGACCAUCCUACACCAGUGCAGGUGCAGCCGCAGAUAGCUCACAAUCACGCUGUUGGGGUCUUGAGGACGACGUCAGGCAGCCGUGAUCAUCCACAGACGCCAACGGUUCAUACUCAUACUAUUGGUUCUGUCGCAUCGCACAAGCAGACUCCUACGCUUCCAUUGCAGCCUGU